CACCCACUCUGUUGGUGUGUUGCAUCGUAGGAGGACUAGUGUCCCUCAGCAGGACUGGCCAGCAGGGGAUUUCCACACAAUGCCGCCUUGUUCCAACUUGCAUUUUACACGCAAAAAGUUUUCUUCAAGCAGAAACAUCUAGACACGACCACUGCGCGUGGAUUUUAUUGGAUAUUUCCUCCCGUGAUUUCUUGCUCUGCCUGGACGGCCCCCGCAUCAGCCAUGCUGCCCAGCUUCUCCCAGUCGCCGGACUGGCUCAGCUCGGAGCCGUUCAUGUUCGACGACGUGCAGACCCUGAUGAAGGAGCUCGACUACCUGCCCACGCCCCCCCAGUCGCCCCCCACCAAGGCCGGCCAGGGCGCCGGGAAGCCCCUGUCCAAGGAGGACCAGCUGAGCUACGUGUCGGACAUCCUGCUGGAGGACCAGGACCUGCAGCUCCUCAACUGGACGUGCGACUUCUUCGACUCGGACGCGGCGGGGAAGGAGGGGGACUCCUGCCUGCCCUGCUCCCCGCUGGACGAGGCCACGGAGGACUCGCUGUGGCAGUGCCUGUCCGACAAGAGCCUGGAGGAGAAGCUGGUGUCGUCGGUGCUGGGCUCCAGCCCGCUGCUCUCCGACAUCGACACCAGCAUCUUCGAGGACAUCGUCAGCUCCACCCUGGACUGCCAGAACCUGAUAGGAGCCCAGGAGCAGAGCGAGGCUACCUCCGACUACGGCUCCGCCGGCGGCGAGAUGUCCACGUCCUCCUCCAGCGACUCCGAAGAGGAGAUAGACGUGGUGUCGGUGGGCUCCUCCAGCCCGUCUCCGCUGCCCUCGCCUGCCAAGCCGUCCGUCCGCAGGCUGAACCAGGAGGAGGAGCAGCGGGCCAUCCAGCUGCAGCACAACUACGCCGCUCCCUGCCCCGCCUCGCCGCCUCCCUCAUCAGCACCCUCACACAAGCGCUCCAGAGCCAGCGACGGUUCGUCUCGGUUCCACCACGUCACCCGCAGCUUCACCUCCUCCUCAUCAUCAUCCUCGUCUUCCUCCUCCUCGCAUCGUUACCACCACUCCUCCCGGAACUCGACGGAGACGGAGGACGAGGAGGAGCGGCGGCGGACUCACAACGUGAUGGAGCGGCAGCGGCGCAACGAGCUGAAGAACUGCUUCGUGCGGCUGCGGGACAACGUGCCGGAGCUGUCGCACAACGACAAGGCGUCCAAGGUGGUGAUCCUGAAGAAGGCCAGGGACUGCAUCUACGGCCUGGAGAGCGACGCCCACCGGCUGCGCUCCAGGAAGGACAAGCUGCGGGCCAAGCAGGAGGCGCUGAAGGCCCGGCUGGAGCAGCUCCGCAGAUAAUGCACGCUCCGGGUGGGGGCAGGCGGCGGCGGCGGCGUGCACACCGGCGCCCCCACCAGGCCGCGCCGCGCACACAAACCUCAACAUUUCAAAGACUCUGUGGUAGAGAGACUCGCACCGUCGACCAGAGACGCUCGGCGCCUCAGAACCAGUCCAUUUUAUGCCGUGACGGCUGGUUGGAGGCUGUUAGGUGGUUGGUGUUCCUGGUUUUUUUUUCUUCCCAUUCCCGCCCUGGUCCCUCGGAACGCCGCGGCGGCUCGCCCGGUUCUCCCGAUGAAACUUGAGUCUUUCAGGACGUCUUACAGCCAUACGUUGGUCAGCGGUCGCUCCGGUUCUGGACAGGAACUGAACUCAGCCAAUCAGACCAGGCGGUCCCGUUACUCAUGGAGUCGACUAGAUCCUGAUGGUUCUGAUGAGCCGUUAACGUUUCUCAUUAACUAGGUUUGACGUUCGGCAGCAGAACCGACCCCCGUUUUGAUGAGACGAGGGUCCGAUCCGUUGGUAAAGGACGGAACGUCAGGAUGUUUCUGUCUUAACGAGUUCUUCACCUCGUCAGGUUUGAGAGGAGAUCCGGUUUCUCUUAGAGAUGUAAAACUAGUUUCUGUCACUCUGAUGCCGUUCGGGUCUCAGAUCCUCCAGGAAUGUUCAGCAGGAGCUCAGUUUCCUGUUUUUUUUCUGUUUAUUUUUAUUUUUUUAUCCCGAAUGCGACGAUGCAGCGAGGUGUUAACGAGAAGGCAGGGAUUUUAUUUUGUUCCUCUACAUUAAAGUUCACAAACCUACCUCCA